AUGUCUCACCCGUUCUUCAACCCUCUUAUCGCCCGAGACCUAUCUUUCGCCACCGAGGUGCACUUCAUGGUGGGCCAAAAGCUGCGAGAACCAGCCCCUCUUGACGGAAAAAGGAAAUGGGCUUGUCCUGCAAACGCGCAGAACCCAAUCGACAGAAUUCUCACAGAGAUGACGCGGGUCAUCGACGCCAGCACCCAGGAGGGAUGUAUCAAGCGGGGGAGCGAGCCACGCGACGAGACCACCGUGUGGGAGCACGAAGCUCCCAAUAAAUGGUUGGUGACGCCAUCCUGCCGUUCAUGGCCAGGCGAUCAAGCUCCACGGGGCUACAAGUGGCACAGCUUCAAGCUGCGCAGUCCGUUCUUUUCCCAUCAAGGUUUUGAUGCGCCUCCGCACACGCCGCACCCGUUCCAGCGGCCCCUUGAUCUCCUCCAGAGAGAUUUUCUCAUACACUUGAACGCUUCGACCCAGUUCAACGUCCUCGUGCGGCUCAACAGCUCCUGCACAGAUCUCACUGCCGCCAAGAGGCUUGUGUCCCUCGUGUGGCUCUUUGAGAAGCUGUUCCUUGUCCCGCUGACCCCCAAACAGCAAAUCAACAGCGGUCGGGCCUUGAUGGUAACAGAAAAUAGCAAGCUCGCCGAAAACAGCGGCAAUAUAUUCCCGCAGCGGGAAGUGCCAGUCGAGCUGCGAAACACCCACCCGCGGUACAAGAGCCGCAAUUCCAGACUCGAGAAAGAAACGUCUGACAUCUGGAAGGCUCAGUCCGUUCAGGAACUUGACCUUUUGAUGUGCAGAGACGAGCCGCCUGCUCGCCGCGGAGUACCGCUGGCUUUUUCCCUGAUUCAGGCGCCGGAGCCCGCGACUCCCGCCGGACACGCGACAUGGUAUGCUGCGUUCCGGUACGCUCCGUGGCAUUCUCCUGACCAGUACCCGCUUAGGGCCACGGUACCCUGGCUGCGGGUACUCUUCAGCAUCGUCGCCGCGUCGCAGUUGACGACUUUCCAGUUCAAACAAUUCGCCGAGGACAUGCUUGACCAUAUGCUCGACCUCAUAAGGGUCCGCGCGACGGAGCGCGAGUACCUGGGUUCCAUCAUGCGCAAGCUUGCCUUGUCAGUGGAUGAAAGGAAUUGGAGAACGAUCCUGGAUCUGUAUGCUGAGCGAGAGGCGCAACGAUCGUAGACACGUGCUGCCCGCUGAGCGGCCUUUGAGAAACCUGCCUCGGGAAGGGUUAGGUUCGUCAGGGGGAGGGGGCUGAAGGACUUGGCGCUUUGGAGGGAGGAAGUUGUUCCCUUUAACGUCUGCAAUCGAAUCGGCAAUUCAGAUUGACAUG